AUGCCUCCUUCUAAACUCGUAUUAUCCGACCUCAGCCGCCUCUUUGAGCCUUCCCUAGCACAACCAUCUGCAGUGCAGAACCCACAUGGCGAACUCAACGGAUACCGCACACCCCCACGCCGUCCCUCCAUCUCCUUCGACUCACCCGCAAGCAGCACAUCAACCCUCGCCCUCGAAGACGACGAAAUCAAAAUCAUAUUCACAUCCCUCAAAUACCCAGAUGAACCUACACCAUGCACCCUCCGCUUCCCCUUCCUCCCACAAAUAAACACCGAAAGCAACAUCUGGAAACACCGUUCACGCGGCUCUCUAUCCUUCGCAGACGAGCUAAACGUAGACGCCGCCCCCUUCGUACCUAAAGCCGUGCGAAGAGCCUCCAUUUCAAUUUUUGAACCAACACAACAACAACCACUCCCGCCUCCUCCCCCAAUCUGGCUCACCUUUUUCGAAGCUGGCCUCGAUCCGCUGGUGAGCACACAAGAUAGGGAACAACACGCCUACGCGCUCGUUAUUUCCCUUUCGACACCAUGGGACCUAUCCGACUUUAUCGAGCUCGCACACCAUUUCGCGUGGAAGGGGUACCACCACCACCACCAGCUUCAAGAAGGCCAAGAACCACUCGCUGAAUUCGCGUUUGACGUGUACACGGCGUUUUAUACGGCCCUUGGCCCAGAGAGCGCACAGAGUUUCAUAUGGCACCUCCGUGAAAAGAUCGUAGGGCAAUUCUUGACAGCUUGGGAUCCCGACCAUCCCAACGCCAUUACGCUCGAAAAUUCGGAUAAGCAGGUGUUAGAGAGGGACUUUGUUCUUUCCUCUUUAUCCAUGGCGAAGCUCGUUGGAGACUUGUUCGUGCAUAACCUCGUACCGAGAUUACACGCUGCUUCGUGCUUGAGCGUGUUGUUCAAGAAUUUGUGUUCGGUUGAACAUGUGGUGGCGAUAUGUAACCUUGUGAUGCAUGCUGGUGUUGGACUGUGGGAUGCGUGUGAGGAUAUAAGGCAGUUUAGGCGGGCGUUUGGAGAGUUGGUGGAGAGGGGGGUGUUGGAGGGGAGUUUGAGGAGCGUGCUUGAUGAUGGUGAGAGCGGGAGUGAGAUGGAGGGGAGGGUGGGUGAGGUGUUGGGUGUGUUGGAAGAGUGGGAAGUGUGCUUUGGGAGUGUGGUUGAGUUUGGACCGUACUACGAUAUUGGAGAGGAAGACGCAUUGGCUUGA